AAUAAAGUUAAUUACAUUGUAGCAAAUUCAUUCUUUACCGACGCAUUAUGAGAAGCAGAUAAAAACAAAAAAACGAAAACAUUUCGAUAUUCUCGUAGUUAAUUGAGUCGAGGCAGCACACUUGAUUUUCCCUAUCAUUUAAGUAUAUUUUAUGCAAAAUGCCUGAAAUGCAGUGGAUCCCUACAAGUUUCGAAGACCAAGUGAAAAGUUUAAUUGAGUCAGUUGAUGUAGUGUUGUGCGAUAUUGACGGUGUUUUACUAAAUGACUCUACAGCAACACCUGGCUCAGAACAAUUUGUCUCUAAGCUCAGAAAGCGGGGUAAAAAGCUGGCGUUUGUCACCAACAACUACUACCAGCCAAUGGCUGUUUUAGAAGAGCGGCUGAAACCGUUUGAAGCUUCCAGUGAAGAAAUCGUUACCCCCAAUACGGUUCUUCUGGACUACCUGGACGCUCGCAAAUUUAACCAGGAGAUUUAUAUAAUCGGUUCUGGGGUAACUAAGAGACUUCUGAGGAAUGCUGGCUAUAAACUGAUCGAAUACAAGGAUAUUCAAUCUGAAGACUUAAGCGAAGAUCCAGUUGAACUGGAGAAGUUAUUGGAGAAGGCAGAAGAUGCUUGCACAAAAGUAGGAGCUGUAUAUCUUGAUAUGGACUGCAAUAAUACUUACGCAGCUCUACUGGUGGCUGAAAUGAUUCUAAUGCAGAAAAAAGAUAUUUUGCUUCUUAGUGGGGCAGUAGACGAUAUGGGAGCAUUAGAUGAAAAGCUCAAAGUAGUUGGUCCCAAAUAUUACAUAGAAGAAAUUGAGAGGUUUACCAGAAAAAAAUCUGUAGGCAUGGCCAAGCCUGAACGAGGCGUUUCAGCAGUAAUUAAUUCGAAACUUGACAUUUUUGAUAGCGGCAAAGUGCUAAUGGUCGGCGAUAAUGUGCGUUUCGAUGUGGGCUUUGCAGUGAAUUCUGGCUACCAAUCCUGCCUAGUACUAACUGGAGUAACCACAAAAGAACAGGUUGAAGAUUGGAGCUUUGCCCCCGAACUCAAACCAGAUUAUGUCGUAACUAAUCUUAAUGAGCUGUGUGAAAAAUUUUAAGUUAUAAGCAAUUAGACUAAACUCACGAGCCCAGUUGUGUUGUAACAGGCAAUGAAAGCUGGAAAAACAAGAUAUUGGCAAGAACUUUUUAAUUAAGUUGCGAUCCUCAGCAUAAAACGGGGAGCUAGCAUAAAAACAGAGUUUAUCUGCAAAUAUUUUCGAACCAUGAACGUCCAAUAUUUGGAUUUAUAAUCCUACGCAAAAUUCAAUGAAAUAUCGUGCGUACAGCAAAUAUUGCAUUAUAAUGCAAAGCUGGGUAAAUACUGUUAAGGUUAAUCUAAUUGGAAAUUAGCCACUGUAGACUUAGAAACUGUAUGGAAAGCGAAACUCGGUGCAUGUUUUUUUUGGGGUUUCAUCCAAUAACCCUUAAACAUAUUCGAAUGGAUUCACAAAAAAUACACGUUCCACCCAGAAAAGUUUAAUAAAUAUAACAAUAGGAUUUUAUGUAAUAAUAACAUCAAAUAUCUAAAUGAGGUUUCAUUCUUG